AUGGGGAACGAGCUCUUUCUGGCCUUCACCACCUCGCACCUGUCCCCAGGCGAGCAGAAACUUGCCAGAUACAGACUUCGAAUAGUUGAGCCACCAAAACUACCACUGAAAAAGAAACCCAAUCCUGAUAAAGAUGGUCCAGAUAUUGAGCCCAACCUGUGGAUGUGGGUAAACCCCAACAUUGUGUUUCCUCCCGGAAAGCUGGAGGUCUCAGAACACGCUAAAGAGAAGGAGCAGAUAAGCACAGUGCCUGCCCCCCAGCCACCCCCCAAAAAGGAGGAUGUUGACAGCUCAGAGGCCGCAGUGGUGGAGCCGGUGCUGCCUUCCUCCAGGGAGCAGUCCCCUCCUCGGAAGCGGAAGCAGUUUGCCUCUUCCUUCAGCAACUGGGAGCUCACAGAAGAGGAGGAGGCUGAGAACCAGGAUGACAGCUCCUCUGUGGCUUUCCUGUCCUCUCACAAAAGGGCCCCCCUCCACAGUCGGAGGCUUCGGCACGCCAACAGCCAGGAGGGCAGGCUCUGGUCCCGGCCCCCUCUCAAUUACUUCCACCUAAUUGCACUGGCAUUAAGAAACAGUUCCCCUUCUGGCCUCAACGUGCAACAGAUCUACAGUUUCACUCGACAACACUUUCCCUUUUUCCGGACGGCUCCAGAAGGCUGGAAGAACACCAUCCGACACAACCUCUGUUUCCAAGACAGCUUCGAGAAAGUUCCUGUCAGCAUGCAGGAGGAGGUGGCCAGCACCCGACCUCGAUCCUGCCUCUGGAAGUUGACUGAAAAGGGAAACCGUCGUUUUUUGCAGGAGGCCCGGGCCUUGGCUUCCACUCGGCUGGAAAUUAUCCAGCAGUGCAUGAGCCAGCCAGAUGUGAUGCCCUUCCUGUUUGACCUAUGACUCCAAAAAGCAGGAGUCAUGCCAUGCCUUAUUAAAGUUAUCUGCAGCAUCCUA